AUGGGUACUCUUACUCCUCCACGUCAAUUCCAUGGACCGCAGGGAUGGACCAGGAUGUACUCCAGCGGUAGAAGAUACGAGUCGGUGGUCGUUGGUGCUGGCGCUGGAGGUAUUGGUGUUGUUGGAAACCUACUCGAGGUGCAGAAGGGCCCGAUAUUGUGGGCUGACGAGUUGUUCGAUGGUGGACGACUUAACAAACAUUACCGGGAGGUGCCUUCGAACACCAAAGCCAAAUUCUUCACCAAAUACGCCGAGGGAGUUGAGGCAUUCAGGAAUAUUGCCAAAGAGACCCCUGAACCCAACGCGAUGAGCCAUCUCCUCAGCUUGGACCCGGAGAAGACAUGUCACAUAGCACAAGCUGCAGACUUGUGUCUGAUGUUAACAAAUGGGCUGGAUGAACAAAAAGGGGUGUCAAAACACCAAGGCAGAGUCACUGAUGCGGCAUGGUCAAACUCAACUUGGAGCGUUUCCGUCUCAACAUCCAGCAGCACUUCACCCACACAAUUCGAUGCCAGCAGACUCGUUUUCUGUACCGGCUCCUCACCCAUCAGCGGUCCUCUCCCUGUCACUCACCUUCAGGAAGUCCACCUCGACACCGCCCUCUCACCCACACUCCUAUCCAAGACCCUCCCCACCGACCAGCCCACGCAGAUCGGCGUGAUCGGCGCCUCCCACUCUGCCAUCCUCGUCCUACGUAAUCUAUCUCGCCUAGCAACCAGCACCCAUCCCCAGCUGCGUAUCAAAUGGUUCACCCGCCACCCUCUCCGUUACGCUGAGGAGCGCGACGGCUGGAUCCUGCGGGACAACACGGGCCUCAAAGGCGAGGUUGCCACCUGGGCGCGCGAGAACUUAGAAGAGCAAGUCCUCUCUUCAUCAUCCGUUUCAGGCCACCUCGUCAAGAUCGCGACGAGCCAUGGCGACGAGACGGAGACGUACAAGCGCGAAUUGGCAGACUGCACUCAUGUGUGCCAGGCCAUCGGCUACAAGCCUGAGAAGCUGCCUGAGCUGCGGGUUGAGGGCCGGAAGGUGACGCCCAAGUUUGACAACACGACGGGGUCAUUCGUCGACGCGGAGUCCGGAGACAAAAUACCGGGCCUCUUUGGUGCUGGUAUUGCGUUUCCCCAGCGGGUUGUUGAUCCGGAGGGCAACGUGGAGUAUGCCGUGGGGUUAUUCAAGUUCAUGAACUUUUUGAAAAAGGUAGUGCCCGAGUGGUAG